AUGGCCCAAGACAAUCGCAUGAGAAGUCCGGAUUCCAUUAUUGAACGAACCACCAUUAUGAAUCCCCUAACGCUGUUGGAGUAUCUUCUUACAUGCUACCCAAUUUUCCUCCUGUUGUUGUUCGUCGCGGUUUGUGUGAUCAAAGUGUUCGUCACGAGCAACAUCGAGCAAAAAGUCUCGCAGAACAAUUGUGGCCGGCUUCCCAGGCGGGCCCAGAACCCGAUGGCUUCCGGUUACAUUCAGCCCUUCUCCCGCACCGCCAAACACUGCUUUAGCUGGCUCUCAGCUGGUGUGCUUGUGACAUUCUUUGCGAAUGCGAUGAUUUAUACCACCCAUGUGUUAAUGGCCCGUUCCGAGUAUUGGUGGCGCGGGCAGUCUGUAGUGAUUUAUAUUGUUGGCUCUAUUUUUGCCUAUGCAGUUAUUCUUGUCAGCAUACUCGAUACCGCCUCUUCCCCGACGGCCACUCAGCUCACGUGUUGGUCCUUCGCCAUUCCUACCGAGCUCAUUAUUCUUACCACAUCCCUCUCCAUUUAUACCUCAGACCACUAUGAGCCAGUAGUCGGAGACCCCAACGGAGGUGCGAUGCGCCAAGGGAUCACCUUUUGGGAGUGCAUGGAAGUUGUCCCCAACGGUUUCCGUAUAUUGAUUCUGGUCUCUCUUGUUCUACUCUACUUUACCAAGUCCGGUGCUCUCAUAGGCCAUGAUGGAGACUCAGAGGAUGUGACUGAGACAACCAGACUGCUGAGCCCUCCGCACACAAAGAUUUGUCUUGUUAAUGACCCCGUCUAUGGUUCAACAAGUGGAACUGCGAGACCCGCGGAGCCCAAACCGCGGAAUUCCUGGGCGCGACCAGAAGUAUUGCCAUCUAGGAGCUAUGUGGAGUAUCUCAGUGGCUUCUCGCGUUUUUUUCCCUACAUGUGGCCCUCCGAAUUCCCCCGUCUACAGGCUGUGGCGGUGAUUUGUUUCCUUCUGGUGAUUCUCCAGCGAGUUCUCAAUGUGUGGAUACCCAUCCAGAUUGGGACUAUUACUACAUCUUUGGCAAAUCAACAAGAUGGAAAUGGCUUUCAACCACCGUGGUUUGAGAUCUCCAUGUAUGUUUUUUACCGCUGGUUGCAGGAAAAUUUGGGGUCUUUGCGCUCUGGUCUCUGGAUUCCCAUAAGCCAGUAUUCCUACCUGGGGCUCUCUACGGCUGGCUUCGAGCAUGUUCACAGUCUCAGCUUGGAUUUCCACCUGGAAAAACAGACGGGCGAGCUUUUAUCAGCUCUGAACAAAGGGAAAUCAAUCAAUUCAUUCCUGGAACAAAUAUCAUUUCAAUUCCUUCCUACACUAGCUGAUUUGUUCAUCGCAAUUGGGUACUUCCUAGUUGCGUUUGACGUUUACUAUGCCCUCGUGGUUGGAAUCUCGGCAUUUGUUUAUGUUUAUGUUACCAUUCGCAUCGCUCAGAGGAAUGCGAAGACCAGAAGAAAGAUGGUUGAUGCUUCGAGAUAUGAGGAUGCGAUCAAAAAUGAUUCGUUGAUGUCAUACGAAACGGUGAAAUACUUCAAUGCUGAACGACAUGAGUUUGACCGAUACCGUCGCGCUAUCUGCAACUACCAGAAUGCGGAGUACUACACAUUCCUCUGUGGGACCCUGUUAAACGCCAGUCAAAACACUGUCUUGUUGGCCUGUUUACUGGUAACGUGCUUCAUCGCUGUGUAUCAAGUCUCUUCUCUCCAGCAACCCGUGGGUCGGUUUGUUACCCUGUUGAUGUACAUGGCCCAGUUACAAGGUCCCCUGAGCUUCUUUGGGGCCUUCUAUGUCUCCAUACAGUCGUCUUUGAUCAAUGCCGAGCGUAUGUUGGAGCUUUUUAAAGAGCAGCCAACAGUCACUGACAGCCAUUGCGUUUCCCCACUGACCACUUGCCAGGGAAAGAUUGAGUUCCGGAAUGUUAGUUUCUCAUAUGAUGCGCGGAAUCCUGUGUUGACUGGACUCACGUUCACUUGUCAACCAGGAACGACUACAGCUUUGGUGGGAGAGUCUGGUGGGGGCAAAUCUACUGUUCUCCGUCUCCUCUUCCGAUCCUAUAAUCCUGAAAAUGGGAAAAUUCUCGUCGACGGACAUGACGUCCAAGAUAUCACGAUUGAUUCUCUUCGUCAAAACAUCGGUGUGGUUCCGCAGGAUACAACGCUUUUUAACGAAACUUUGAUGUACAAUCUAAAGUACGCCAACAAGGACGCGAGUGAUGAAGAUGUGCACGAGGCUUGUUCCAAGGCUGGCAUUCAUGACAAGAUCAAGGGUUUCCCAGAUGGCUACAGCACCAAAGUUGGAGAGCGUGGGCUGCGCCUCAGCGGCGGUGAGAAGCAACGUGUGGCAAUCGCUCGAGCUAUCCUGAAGAACCCUAAAAUCAUACUGCUGGAUGAGGCUACGUCUGCACUCGACACUAAAACAGAAGAGCAUAUCCAGAAGUCCCUAGCUACUCUCUCCAACGGCCGAACCACGCUCAUUAUUGCCCAUCGGCUAAGCACCAUCACGUCGGCAGAACUCAUUCUAGUUCUAAGCGAUGGCCAGGUGGCCGAGAGCGGUACCCAUGAGGAACUAGUGAGUAUGGAAGGCCUUUAUGCCCGUAUGUGGAGAAAGCAAAAUGGCGAGGCAAAGAUACUUGAAGGCCAAGACAAGGUGGAGUGCAUUCAAGGGGAUCAGCUGUACAGAAUUUCACAUACAUAA